UAAAUUAUAUUUCUUAAAAUAUAACUACCACAUGUAGGUAUGCCCUGAAUGUAAACCCUUAACAGAAUAUAGUUAUUUAAAUAAUAGCAAAUCUUGAUAAAUAAUUAAAGAAACAAAUCAACUAUGUGUACAGUGAUUAAAAUAAUAAUUGCAAUGGUCGUUGUGUUGGGAGAAGAGGUCCAGGAGUCCGUAACAACUGAAGCUGUGGUGGAAGUGGACUAUUCGGAGCUGGUCGGCGAGGCUGAGACACACAAGCACGACAUACUCAGGUUUCUGAACGAAAGCCGCGUGCAGCAGAAGUAUAGGACGUUGUUUAAACAUUUACUAUAUAAGUUGGCUACGUGUGUAAAGUUUGCCAACCAAUCGGCGUUGGGCCAGCGUGGCGGACUAGCCCCUGGCAUUCUUAGAGGAGUCUCGUGCUCAACAGUGAGCCGACUUAGGGUUGGUAAUGAUGAAUCGAAGCUUUCUAGCUGUCUAAUUACUUCUCUGUCUACGUUCAUAAAUACUAGUUUGUAUAAUGAACCAGUUACAGGCUCGACGCGGCGCAUCGUGCUGGGCGUGAACACGUCCAUAGCGGCGGUGCCGUGGCAGGUGUCGCUGCGAGAGAAGACCUACCCCAUCUGCGGCGGGUCUGUCCUCACCGCGCUGUGGCUGCUCACUGCGGCGCAUUGCCUGCUCAGACCCAAAGCAAGUGAGCUCAGCGUUCGGCUCGGUUCAUCAUGGAAAACGCACGGAGGAGAAAUGUAUGACGUCAAAGAGUCUUAUGUACAUCCGAAGUAUCUGAGGAACACCAAAGUGAACGAUGCUGGUCUGGUCAGGCUGUACUCUCCUCUCCGCUUCUCGCCGAGGAUUCUGCCGAUCAGGAUGGUGGCGAAAGGAGCGCGAGUGCCGGCAAACCAAGCAGCUAUUGUAUCUGGUUGGGGAAAAUUGAGAGAGGGUGGUCCCAGUGCGACUUUUCUGCAGUCCUCGACGAUUAGGACCAUUGCUAUGAAGCUUUGCCUUAACUCCGGCCUUGACCGGAACCCCAUAGAUCCCGCCUCCAUGUUCUGCGCGGGCUCAUUCAACCAACCUUCGCCUGAUGCUUGUCAGGGAGACAGUGGCGGGCCCAUAGUGAGUGAGGGCGAACUCAUCGGCGUGGUGUCGUGGGGGCUGGGCUGCGCGCGCGGCAACUUCCCUGGCGUGUACACGCGACUCGCGCACCCGCUCGUCUGGGACUGGGUGCACGCGCACGUCGCGCGCGACCCCGACCCGAACACCACGCUGUGAUAUAGUGAGCGGCGUGUACACGCGACUCGCGUACCCGCUCGUCGUCGCGACACACACACGUCGCGCGCGACUAAUCCAAUUAAAAUUAAAAAUAUAUAUAUAUAUAUAUUUGAUAUCCUCUGUGCUGGCCACUGCAUCAUGUGACACAUCAAAUGAAAGAGCUUGUUAUUAUGAGGAUUUCAAAUAUAUUUUUUUUAAAUUUCAAUUGGUUUAGUCCAGUACAUUCGGAGAAAACAGACAGACAUUAAAAUGUGCGUGAGUGAUAUUAUAAUGGUUCCGUUUUUGUACUACGUACGUUCGAUACCCUACAUAUUAUAUGAUGUAUAGUACUGGCGCUGCAGGCGAGGACAAAUACUUUCUUACGGGCAAAGAAUGAAAUACCAAUGUUUGUCGCCGCAUGCAGCAACAAAAAGAAUUUAGUCAGAACUUUAAAGAUAUUGAGAUACUUGUUUUUCUCUUUUCAGUUCAUUACGCUUAGGGAGUCGGGUUUUUUGUUUUUAUAAUAAUAUUUUUUUUGCUUUUGAAUUGCCGAAGG